AUGACCAGCAAAGAUCCUGUAAAGUCGCGAUUCAUCGAAGCAGAUCUAGAUACCAACCCCGAAGUCUCAGACAAUGCCUUGGAGCAACAACAAGACGAAUGGGGCUGGUCUGACGACGAGGACGAUCUUGAUAUGAAACGGUCGGCAACAAUUCGUUCGAUGACCGAUGAAAACUUGAAAUAUUUGAACACGAAUGUGGAGACGGGUUUGAAUGAUCUAGAAGUUAAAGGGAGGCAAAAAAUCUUUGGCAAGAACAUGUUGAAAGAGGAGAUAGAAAGUCCAUGGAAAAAGAUCGCGUCGUAUUUCUGGGGACCAAUUCAAGCUAUGAUUGAAAUUGCAGCUAUUCUUGCUGCCGCGUUGAGAAAAUUUCUCAACGCAAUAGUAGGAUUUUUGCAAGAAAAGCAGGCUGGUGAUGCUAUCAAGGAACUAACAAAGGAACUCGCACUCAAAGCGAGAGUAAAGAGAAAUGGAAAAAUUGUGGAAAUUGACGCGACCGAAUUAGUCGUUGGCGAUAUCAUUCAUUUAGCUGAAGGAGAUGUGGUGCCAGCUGAUACCAAAGUGGUAGGCCAGGGCGCGUUUGUUCAAGUGGACCAAUCUUCCAUAACUGGUGAAUCCCUACCUGUUCGUAAAGGUGAAAAUGACAUUCUCUAUUCCAGUUCGGCCAUAAAACGCGGAGAGGUUACUGCUAUAGUGGUGUCGAUUGGUGACCAAACUUACAUUGGACAUGCGGCAGCGCUUGUUCAGAGUACAAAACGUGUCGGACACUUUUCGGCAGUACUAAAUAAAAUGGGGAAAGGGCUAAUAUUCGGAGCUUAUAUAUGUAUCUUUAUAGUCGUCAUAGCUAGUUUCUUUCGCGGAGCAGACUUUUCUACGAUAUUUGCAUUUGUAGCAGGUUUAGUAGUAGUUGCUGUCCCUAUUGCAUUACCAGCUGUGAUUACGACUACUUUAGCCGUUGGUGCCACCCAGUUGGCUAGGAAGCAUGCCAUUGUGCGCGAAUUGGGAGCCAUUGAGAGCUUGGCAGCCGUCGACGUGCUUUGUACGGAUAAGACAGGAACGCUUACAAUGAACAAACUGAAAGUAGCACACCAAUUCAUUAUGGAGGGUACUACUACCGAAGUGCUUUUUACCGUUGCUGCCUUAGCCUCACAGAGAACGCGUAAGGGAAUAGACGCAAUCGAUAAAUCUAUAAUGAAGCAUAUCUACGCCCAUCAUAGACACAUUUUUCCUAUUAUUGACAGCUAUAAAGUUGUAGAGUUUAAUCCAUUUGAUCCAGUAUCAAAAAGAAUUCUCGUAAAAUUAGAGAAAGACGGUAAAGAAUACAUGGCCACUAAAGGCGCCCCUCAGGUAAUCCUCCAGAUGGCACAAGAAGACUCUCAGAUUGACGAACGACAUCUCGACGACUACAACAAUGCUGUGAAUGAAUUUGCCAAACGAGGUUUUCGUUCCAUUGGAGUCGCAUUCAAGGAACCAGACUCAAAAUGGCAAAUAAUUGGUAUAAUCUCUUUAUUCGACCCCCCUCGUUAUGAUACCAAGGAGACUCUUGCACAGGCCGUUACCCUCGGAUUGAAAGUCAAGAUGUUAACUGGAGAUCAAUUAGCUAUUGCCAAAGAGACAGCUCGACAAUUGAGACUGGGGUUGAACAUAUAUGAUAGUACGAAAUUAGGUUUAGGUUCUAGAGAGAAAGACGAUCAGCAGCCGUCAGCGAGUGAACUGGAAGAAUUUGCAGAAAAUGCUGAUGGAUUUGCACAGGUAUUUCCUGACCACAAGUACAAAGUAGUCGAUAUUCUGCAAAAAAGGAAACACAUUGUUGCAAUGACUGGUGAUGGAGUUAACGAUGCCCCAUCACUAAAGAAGGCUGAUGUUGGUAUUGCUGUCAAAGAUGCUUCUAACGCAGCCAGAGUAGCGGCCAGUAUCGUUUUCAUGGAAGCUGGAUUGGGUGUAAUUAUUGACGAUUUGACAACAGCCAUUAUCAUCUUUGGUACAUCACCUAUAAACUUGACAAUGAUUGUAAGCAUUAACUCAAACUAUCACAACCCUGCAAUUUGGAGAAAACAGAUGAUUGCAUAUGAUCGAGCGCCGUAUUCACAAGUACCUGUCAAGUGGGAUAUGUCCUUGCUCCUUUUUCGUGCUUUCAUACUUGGGAUUUGUCUCGCUAUCGGGACGUGGAUUAUUCACGCAGUUACUCUGGUAGACCCUGAAUACAUGGGGAAUACGACAGCGGCCGCUUUUUUAGAGGUUGCUUUAACCCAAAAUUGGACAAUCCUCAGUACUCGCACAGGUGGAGGCUUCUGGCGUUUUCUUCCCGGCUGGCAGCUGGUCUUGGCCAUUCUAACUGUUGACAUUGUGGCUUCAAUCAUGGUUCUUUUUCGAACGUUCGUUGAUCCCAUAAGUAUCUUGGCCGUUGUUCGAAUCUGGCUAUACUGCCUUGGUGUGUUUUUAUUUGUAGAUUUUUGCAAUAUGAUAUUGACGAAAAGCAGGAGUUUGGGGAACGUCUGGAGCUCUAAAAGAGGGAAAGAUAAGGCACUAUUGAAGCCAUUGGAAGAUCGUGUAUUUGUACUUGCCAAGAUCAGCGAUAUGCAUGAAGUUGCGUCCAACAGUUGGAAAGGAAAGGAUAAAAAGGGACAUGAUGAGGAGAAGGAGAUCGAGUGA